CGUAUUUCCCGCGAACGGGACGCGCUCGCGCCGUGACGUUGUGUAGCUGGGUGCUAGGUGAUGUAGGGAAGCUCAGCACACUGUCGCAAGCUUUAUCAAAAAAAUACAAUUAAAAAGAAAAAUUAACUCGGAUUCGCACUCAUGGCGAAGCAAAGCUCACUCUUCAAUUUUUUCACCAAGUCUCCGCCGCCGGUGUCGAAGCCGAAGCCGAAGCCCAGUCCCUCUCCGGCCGAGGCGGAUCUGCCUUCCUCCGUGGAGAAGUCCAACUCCUCUCCGAAAGAGCAAGCUAAACAGAUACCACCACAACAACAACCGACCAAGACCAGCAAAGUUAAACCAAAAAGUAACUCCAACUCUGCGAAAGGAGGACUCAGGAAACUAUUUGGCGACAAGGCCUUGACAACCAAAGAAAGCAGCUCCACAUGCUCAUUCAGUGCCGGUGCCCUUGUGUGGGCAAAGUUGGAGGGACACCCCUGGUGGCCGUGCAUGGUGGUACCCCAACCUCUGACUGGACAGCAGAUGAGAGGCCGUGGUCGAGACCAACGCAUACAUGUCCAUUUCUUUGAUGAACCUCCCACUAGGGGAUGGGUCAGCACUAAAUACAUCAGAGAGUACCAAGGCUCUGACAGCAGUGAUGCUAAAACCGGAGGAGUGUUCUUCAGUGGCAAACCUGUAAUCCGUCGUGCAAUGGAGCUGGCUGAUGGAGUCAUGUUUGACAGCCCUGAAAAAAGAUUGAAGAUGCCUCUCUGCACAGAUCCAUCAGAUGCAGAAGAUGAUGAUGAUGAUGAUGAUGAAGAAGAAGAAAUGGAGGUUGACAAGUCAACAUUGACUGAUGAAGAACUCAUGGAUGAGGAUGACCGGAAAAAGGAGGAAGCGAAGCCAUCCAAAUUCAGUCGCCGUUCAGCCCGUGCUUCAACAGAAAAGAGCAGCAAAGCCAAACGACGGCGCAUUAUUGUUGCCUCAGACAGUGACGACUCAGGUGAGGAAUUCAAACCAGAGCAUGCUGCGUCGAGCAGUGAGGAUGAAGGGGAAGAGGAGGUGGUGAGCAGUGAGGAGGAGAGCACAGAGGAGUCAGAAGUGGAAAGCCCUGUCAAGCCUGCAAAGCGCAAACGUCCUGCAGAAAAGUCUGCUAAAGCAAAUGUGAAAGUAUCCACCACCCCGCCGGCUGCACCUAAACGCGCUCCAGCAGCUGUCGCAGCCAACACAAAGUCUCGCUUGUCGGCCUUCUCUGCCCCUGACAGCUUUGAGAGCCAGACAAACGGUUCAGGCACCAGUGGAGGUGCAACAGUUUGGGACCAUGAGAAGCUGGAGUGGUUGCAGGAUGGCAGGAGGAAAGACAGCCGAAGGCGGCGACAGAUAGAGGAUGACUAUGAUCCCACCACCCUGUAUGUGCCUGAAGACUUCCUGAACAGAAACACUCCUGGUAUGCGUCGGUGGUGGCAGCUCAAAUCUGAGAUGUUUGACGCAGUGAUCUUCUACAAGGUAGGGAAGUUUUAUGAGCUCUACCACAUGGAUGCUGUGACUGGAGUCAACGAGCUGGGACUGACUUUCAUGAAAGGGACCUGGGCGCACUCAGGCUUUCCAGAAAUUGGCUUUGCACGUUUCUCAGAUGUAUUGGUCCAGAAAGGCUACAAGGUGGCUCGUGUGGAGCAGACAGAGACCCCAGAAAUGAUGGAAGCACGCUGUAAAACCAUGGCUAAGCCCACAAAAUUUGACCGUGUGGUGAGAAGAGAGGUGUGUCGGAUUAUCACACGUGGUACUCAAACCUACAGUGUUUUGGAUGGUGCUCCAUCAGAGAGUCAGAGCAAGUAUCUGCUGAGUUUAAAGGAAAAAGCUGAAGAGGAAAGCUCCGGUCGCUGCCGCACCUACGGAGUGUGCUUUGUAGACACCUCUGUGGGUUAUUUCCAUGUAGGUCAGUUCCCAGACGAUCGUCACUGCUCACGUCUGCGCACCCUGAUAGCACACUUUGCCCCUGCAGAAGUGCUUUUUGAAAAGGGGAACCCAUCUGUUGAAACACGCAAAAUACUCAAGGCCUCUCUGUCCUCUGCUCUGCAGGAAGGACUUAAUUCAGGAACGCAGUUCUGGGAUGCACAGAAGACUCUUAAAACUUUCUCAGAGGAAGACUACUUUAAAGAGACUGCUGGCAAGAAGCAGGCAACUGGAAACAAUUUUCUUCCUCCUCUUCUAAAAAAGAUGACCUCCGAGAGUGAUUCACUGUGCCUUACUCCUAAGGAGGGCUAUGAGCUGGCACUGUCAGCACUGGGUGGAUGCAUUUUCUACCUGAAGAAAUGUCUGGUAGACCAGGAGCUGCUCUCUAUGGCCAACUUUGAAGAAUAUAUCCCCGUUGAUGUUGAGAUGGAGAAAGCUGCUGGACCUGCCAGUUUCUUUGCCCAGACUCGUCAGCGAAUGGUCCUUGAUGGAGUGACCCUGGCAAACUUGGAGAUCUUUCAGAAUGGGUCAGGAGGAACAGAGGGGACACUGCUGGAGCGUUUAGAUACAUGCUCUACCCCAUUUGGCAAGAGGCUGCUGAAGCAGUGGCUCUGUGCUCCUCUGUGUAACCCCACAUCCAUCAGCGACAGACUGAAUGCAGUGGAGGACCUGAUGGGAGCUCAGGCAGAGGCUACUGAGGUGUCAGACCUGCUGAAGAAGCUCCCAGAUUUAGAGCGUCUCCUCAGUAAAAUCCACAGCAUAGGCACUCCUCUGAAGGGCCAGGACCACCCUGACAGCAGAGCAGUUCUCUACGAAGAGGUCACCUACAGCAAGCGCAAGAUAGCAGACUUCCUCUCAGCACUGGAAGGUUUCAAAACUAUGCAGGAGAUAAUCUCUGUCCUCUCCUCAGUUUCAUCUGGGUUUUCCUCCACGUUUCUCUGCCAAAUUGUUCAGUCUGAAAGUGAAAAGGAUGGCCUCUUCCCCGACCUCUCUGCUGAACUCAGGCGCUGGGAGAAAGCUUUUGACCACCAGAAAGCUCGCACUACUGGUGUCAUAACCCCAAAAGUUGGGUUUGACCCUGAGUAUGACCAGGCUCUGACUGGGAUCAAGAACUGUGAACGAGAGCUGCAGGAUUACCUGGAUAGACAGAAGAAGCGACUCGGUUGUAAAAGCAUGGCCUACUGGGGAACUGGGCGAAACCGCUACCAGAUGGAGGUGCCUGACAGCGUCUCAGAGAGGAAUAUUCCUGAAGAGUAUGAGGUGAAAUCUACAAAGAAAGGCUGGAAGCGUUACGUCACAAAGGAAUCAGAACAGCUGUUUUCAGAGCUGCAAGGAUUUGAGGAGAAGAGAGAUGCUGCCCUGAAAGACUGCAUGAGGAGGCUCUUCUAUAACUUUGACCAGAACUACGCAGACUGGAAGACUGGUGUGGAGUGCAUGGCAGUGCUUGAUGUAUUGCUGGCCUUGUCACGCUACAGUCAGGGUGGUGAUGGACCGAUGACCAGGCCACAGGUGGCACUCCCAAAGGAUGAUGACCAGGUAACGCCCUUCAUUGACCUCAUUGGAUCCCGACACCCCUGUGUCACCAAGACCUUUUUUGGUGAUGACUUCAUUCCUAAUGACAUCUUCAUUGGCUGCCCUGGGAGCAGUGAAACGGAUGAGGAGAAAGGACACGCCUUGUGUGUCCUUGUCACGGGGCCAAACAUGGGUGGAAAGUCCACUCUCAUGAGACAGUGUGGGCUUGUGAUCAUCUUAGCUCAGCUGGGUUGCUAUGUUCCUGCUGAGAGCCUGCGCUUCACACCAGUUGACAGGGUCUUCACCCGGCUGGGAGCCUCAGAUCGCAUCAUGGCUGGAGAGAGUACCUUCUUUGUGGAACUAAGCGAGACUGCCAGCAUCCUGCACCAUGCUACUAAACACUCACUUGUGCUCCUGGAUGAAUUAGGCAAGGGCACAGCCACAUAUGAUGGCACAGCGAUUGCCAGUGCUGUUGUGAAGGAGCUUGCUGAGAAGAUCUGCUGUCGCACCCUCUUCUCCACACAUUACCACUCCCUGGUGGAGGACUACGCCAACAACCCUGCUGUGCGGUUGGGCCACAUGGCGUGCAUGGUGGAGAAUGAAUGUGAGGAUCCAAGUCAAGAAACCAUCACAUUCCUCUACAAGUUCAUCACUGGUGCUUGUCCAAAGAGUUACGGCUUCAAUGCCGCUCGACUUGCCAGCCUGCCAGAGGAGGUUAUCCAGUCAGGACACAGGAAGGCCAGAGAGUUUGAGAAGAGCACCAUCAGCCUCAGACUGUUCAAGAAGCUCUGCCAGUUUGCUGAAGAUGCUACACUGGGCAACACACACUUCACUUCACUUGUUCAAAUGCUCAACAGUGUGUAGUUUGUAAAAAAAUAUGAUUUCCUCAAGCUGAAUUUUUGUUUUCUCAGCAGCUGGAAAAAACACUACUGUAAUGAUCUAAUAAAGUUUAUUUUUAAAAAAUGACAAUGUUUCAUCUAGGAAAUUAAACCCUUUUAAUUCACGCUAGCGCCUACAUAACGGUUAUUGAAUACUUCACAAUAUAUUAAGUCUAGAUGUUAUGAUACAUGCAUACAUUUCAGUCUGUAUGAGAACCCACAAUCACCAGUACACAUGAAUGGGGAGGGGGAGGGCUGGGGGCAAUGAAACCAUAUAGCGCUGUAUAUAGAUACUUGUCUCAGCUUCAGUAGAGUAAAAGCCUUUUAAAUUCUCCAGCAACAUUGCCAAACAAGGGAAAGAACACAUCAAAAUUAGCUGUGCUUUCACAAGACUUGUCUCUUUUUUUUUUUACUUGGCCCUUAUCAAAGUAAAAAUAAAAUGUCAUACAUAUAAAAGAAACUGUAUAGCUUAACAAGCCAGGCAACAUUUGUGUCUGUUUGUUGAUUUUAAUACAGGGUAAGAUGUCUAUAGAUUAUUUAAUCUAUUCAACUAAUAUAUCAAUUACAGAGGGUACAACCAUCCAGAUGACCUUAGAUAAUUUAGUAACAGAUGCAUAAUACCCUGACCACAACCAGCAAUGUGUUUUAUUUAGUAAAGAAGUAAAUAGGAGGCUGUAUCUUAAUUAGAAACUACACUACAAAUUGUUACACAACUGAAGCUUGGAGUAAAAAUGCUUAAUUUAUCCUCAUUGCUUUCUCAUUCUACCUUAAAUUGGUAAAUUGGGUCUUGCAUGACAAACAGAAAAUAUGCAUAGAUAACGUCAAACAGACUGAAAUAUAACAACUGUUCAGCUCCUGUACAAAGACAAACAUGAUGCUAUCAAAGUCUUGUGGAAGCACAUCUCAGCAUCUGUUUUUCUGUAUUGCAAAUGUAAAUGAGUCAACGUUGCUGGAGAAAAUGUUUAGUGUUUUCCUCUCUUUUCUCUGAUCUCUUUCACAGAAAGAAGUUAGAUACUGCGACAUGAGUAUAAUUACAGCAAUUCUAGGGUAUAAUAACCAAAAAAAUUAACACAUUUAAUAAAAUAAAGACAUUCAAGUACAGUAAGAUUUUUGCAUGAAAAUACAAAACUACACAAAAAGCAUUAAAAUCAAAUCUCAACAGUUGUCUUGAGGGGAAAAAAAAGCUGAAGUGCUAGGUCAUUUUUCCCGUAUAUAUUAUACGAGCACGUCGGUUGCCCAGUGAUGGAAGCAUUGUUGUAUUUAGGGCCUUUCUGCCUCCUCGUGAGAAAAGUUGUGCCUCUUCUGACAGAGCGUCUGUCCACGACGGGGUUGUACAUGACUGCAGUAUCUCAUUCUUCCACUUCUCAAAAGCAGACAAGAGGCCUGUACUACGAAGGGGGUUUAACCAACUCUGAUUUAACCCAGGGUUAUCAAGGGAAGUCAGGGUUGACAGACCCUGGCUGCCUUGAUCUGUGUUAAACGGUACUGCGACGAUGGGCAAGAUGUCAGUAAAUUGAGUUAAUUGGAGUUUGUGCAUGUGCAUAAAACAGGCGUGCACCAUAUUUCUCAGAUAAAGAGCGUGUUAAUUCUGUCGGUUUAUGAGGGAUUCAAAGUGUAAAAUGUAAAACUGCGUCUGUCGACAAAGAUGUAAAGACACGCAAAAUAUGUGAGAUUUAUUAGGCUACCUGAAUAAUAGUCAACACGUGGUUCACAUUUCUGAAAAUGACCUGUUACUCACUGUUAAUGUUCUGCCUAGAACACUCAGGUUGUACUGUAUGAAUGUAAUGCUAUGUAGUUGCAGGAUUAUUCAUAUUGAUAAUAUGAAACACUAAUAAUGCUAAAAUCUGUUGUAUUUUUUCAGUGUGUUUUGCUUUGUAAACGUUUGACUGUGAGAAAAAAAAGUUACAUAUUUGAAUAACUGAAACUGGAAAUUGAAAAACUGGAGCAUAAAAAACACCUUUUAUCCACAUAUCUCUACCAUCCACUGCCUACCUUUUUUCAUUUUAGGAAAGGGAGAAUGCAUGGAAAUAAAUAUAUGCAUUUUAAAA